UUAUGAAAUCCUAGUGUUCGACCUUUUUUAUCCUACCUUUUCCACCAUCAACCACCUCUGUCUGGAAGGAACGUGAAGGCGUCUACGAUAAAGAUAAAAAUGGCUAAAAAUUGCACUAUCCAGAUCUUGAAUAAGUUUUUGGAGGAGGUUGAUAAGAUGGAGAAGUGUGUGCUGGUUCCUAAUCGUUUACAAGAUAUCGGUCCACGAGAACAGAAAGUACAAAUAUCUAACCAGGAAAAUGUUGAGGAAAUUGAAGGUCUACAUACGCUGUUCCUUGUACUGAAGAACAUAAGAAGCGAGCUUACGACUGGUCAUGGCCUUGAACUCGACCAAGAUUUGAAUCCCAUAAGGAAACACCUCCAGGACUUUAACAAGACGCUACUCAACAUGACAGAUCUUGCCAAGACAGUCAGUGACAAGUACAAGAAGGAAUACGACCUGGUAUUUUAGAUGGCAAUCAAUAAAUCCUCCCCUCCCCUCCCCAGAUUAUUGAUACUGGACUAUGAUGAUGAUGAUGAUGAUGAUAGUUGGCUGGAGGUGUAUAAUACCUGCUUGAUCUUUUAGGGCUUUAAACAAUACAAAGGGAUCCCAAUUCACAAGUCACAUUUCAAAAUAAUAGACCUCUUCCACUAUGAUGUAAUGUUUUCCCAUUUCAGAACAUGUGUCCUUCCCUAGAGUAUCAUUUCUUUGUUUAACGGUUGUGCAUGAGAAGACACAUGAAUAUGGAUACAACUCAAACAAAGAAUCUUAUUCUCAAGGGAAUGACACGUGGUCUGAAAUGGGAAAACAUUACACCAAGCCAAAGAAGUCUAUCGUUUAGGACUCAAAAUAAUUGAUGUGCUUCCUGUGGCAAUGAGAUUUGUUUAAGAAAAAAUCUGCAUGGUUUACCUGUGGUUUUGAGAUUCACGUGGGAUAUUUGUCAUGACAGUUUUGGAGUGGUUUAUGAAAUGGGAUCUUUCUAUCUUAUGAUUGACGACUGGCAUACCUCUGCUAUUACUGACUGUACUGGUACUGGUACUACUCAGCGACCUAACACCUCUAGACCAUUUUGGAGAAAAUGCACGACCCUGUUCAAAAGAUUUAUUCAAAGCUAGUAACCUAAGAAACAAAGACAAACAUUUUAGCCUAAAAAUAUUUGAUUGUGUGACAGUACACCACAUAGAGUGGAAGUAGGUAGAGUAGAGUAGAAGUUAGAAGUAAAGUUUAAUAGUUAUACAUACAUAGAUUGAAGUAGAUAAGGCUCCGUCCACACUAUGCUGGAUAAAUUUGAAUCCGAAUUUUUAUUUAUUCGGUUAGGCCUGCCGUCCACACUAGUCCGGGCGAAUCCGGAAUAAUUCUUCACCGAAAACGAAUUUUUGAAAUGGAACCGAAAAAAUAAAAAUUCCGAUUCAAAUUUAUCUGGCAUAGUGUGGACGGGGCCUAAGAAAGUAUUUGACCAAGUCAGUAGUAAUUAACGCGUUUGACCAAGUCAGACAAAGAAGAAAAAAAUGUAAACAUUUUUUUCUAAAGCUGUCCUGUGUUCUAGACCUUACUAUGUCGUUAAAUAAUAUAAUUAUUGUAUAGAGUGUGUGUCAACGAUAUGAAUACCAAUGAAACAUCCACCAUCUUGGUUGAUCUAAUGAGAGGCUAAUGAGGAAUGCUUUGUUAUUGCAACCAAGAUGGCAGCAAUGACAUAACAUGCACCUGCUAUAGGGAUUUGUCAGUCUUACUUUGUUAGUAAAGAAAGCAUUUUCUGAUCC